UUUUGUGUUGUUUUGCGAAUUGUGCGGUUCGAAGGGAAAAUACUCAGCUGCUCUUCAUUGCGUGCGUUUUGCUGUGAAUGAGGGACUGAAAAUCUAGGUUUUUCACGUGCGAUAAUCCCAAGGACGGUUCUAGCAAAGAAACAAAUUGUGCCUGGUCGGUGUACUACGUAAUUUCCGUCGUUUGCUAAACAGCUGUGCGACAGGAAAAGAAAUACUCCCUGGAGUCGCCACAAUUCACACUUUAGCAGGCUGUGGUGCAGUGGCUAGGUUGCGGUGCCCCCCGAACGUUGAACUCAAGGGACAGCUUCUUGGUUUUCUCAUUAGCAACUAGACGGCAGGAGCAGACAAGUGUGAUUUGCUGCAGCGUGAGCAGCCAGAAGCAUGGGAAAUGUGUUAAAUAAGCUGAGCGAUGCUUCGCAGUCAUUGCGUGGCCGCAAACGGAAACGUGAUGAAACGGAUGGCGACGAGAGUGGUAACGAUAGUGAUCUGCUGGAUCAAUCUCUUCACGGCCCGAAACGGAAAAAGUUAACUUCCACCGCCAAGUACAUCUAUCAGGCGCUGUUUAAGGAGGAGCGCAACUCGGACAUAACCGUGCAUGCGCUCGGUAAACACUGGCACCUGCACAAGGUUUACCUAAGCCAGAGCCCUUACUUUGCGAGCAUGUUCAAUGGAUCGUGGCGUGAAGCGGAUAAGGAUUAUGUGCACAUUGAAAUCAUCGAUCCGAAGAUUACGCUCGAAUCGUUGUACUCCGUCUUUGGCUCCCUGUAUAUGGACGAGGUGGUGUUGGAUCCAAAGGAAAUCGUAUCCACCCUAGCAACGGCCACACUGUUCCAGCUCGACGGUCUGAUCGAACGUUGUGCCGAGGUGAUGGUAGAGACGACCUGUGCGGAUACGGCUGUGCUUUACUACGAAGCGUCCUGUGAGUAUGGGGUGAAACGAGUGAAGCAGUUUACGUUCGGUUGGUUGCUGGUGAAUCUACUCAACACCUGCCGGAAGAAGGCCAAUACGUUGAGGCUUAUCAGCGUCGAGCUGAUGGAGCAGCUGAUCACGAGUCCCGAUCUGUACGUGAUGCAAACCGAGUUUGGCCUGUACACGUUGCUCCGAUACUGGAUGAGCUUAAAGCUGUUUCCGGCAAACCUAACAACCCCCUCGGUCCCAGUUACUGGCGAAACUGACAAUGAUCCAGUGAGGGAAAAGUACUUUAUCGAGCGUACCAGUGGGGUGCCAUUCCUUCGAACACCCCAAGGCGCCCCGUUUGAGCGUGUGUUUCGGGCUCUUCGUUUACGGUACCUACUGAAUCAUCACGUCGAUAUGCGCGUGCUACGGGAGGACAAUAUCAUUCCGUCCGAUUGGUUGCACGAGCCGCUGCUGGAACAGUGGAACAGUAUACUGUCAGUCGAUAUGUCGCUCGAGAAGGAGCUCAAGUGUGACGAGCAAACGUUUCUGGAGUCCUGCAUGCGCUGUGGUCGCAUUCUGCCCGAAAGCGUAACGCAAAAGUGGCGCUGGACGGGUUUUCAUUAUGGGCUUGAUUUGAUGCUGUUUUCGGACUCGCGAGCAUUGCGCAUCAAACGGCACCACCGUACAGAGCACGAGCGUCUGUUGAGCCUGCAGGUGAAGCGUCAGUUUAUGAUACGCAUCUCACUUGCCUCGCUAAACGAGCUGGGCCAAAUCAAGCACGAACAGAAAACCGCCAUCCAGACGAUCUCGCUCGAGAAGAACGAAGAAACGAUACUGGCCGUGUACGAUCGUGCCCUCACCUUUCCGAUGCUUAUCUGCGUGAACAUGAUGCUCGUGUCACCGCCAGAGAAGAAGGAACGCCGUAAGCUAGCACAAAUUGUGGACGAUGAAGUGGCUGAGUGUUUAGGCCAGGAUCAGGCUCGUGCACUAUCAGAACCAUCGAGUGGUUGUUCGAACGCACCCCAUACACCCGCAGCAGAUGCGACGAGAUCCAGCAAUACGAUACCCGAACGCAGCUUGGAGUUGGUCGAAGUGCCGGUUCCUAGUGGUCCGUUGCGGGAACGAGUGGCUUGGGUAAACGAUUCCUGAUUGGAGGUAUUCUACGAUGGAAGGGCCCGCACAUUACGGUUUGAGUGAAACUGAUCCGGAAGGGCGUAAGUGUACUUAUAACGGGGGUGUGUUUCUUUUCUAUCUUCAGCAAAAGCACAAUAAUCGGAAAAUCGGAUGGUGCCAUUAUUCUAAAAAUCUUUUUUAGAAGAUUUUUUCGACUUUUUCCAGUUACUAAUGAUAGAUUUAUCGCAGAAAGAUUGAUUAUAUGUAUAUUUACAUGUCUGAUGACUAGAGUAAUAUCGUAAAUUCAGUUGAAUAUUCAAUGAUUCUGAAUCCAACAUUCAUUCACAAUCAUGCAGACAGUUCUCGAAAGCGGUGCGAUACUCGAGCAGCGAAGAGUUGUAGCAAGUCUAUUAAAAGUUGAAUGUGAUUAACGCACAGAGCUCAGUGCCACAAAGCCACUCAAGAUCCUUUAUUGCAGGGACUUGAUUCUUAGAAGGCAGUUGUGUAUAAUAGUAGGCCGACAAGUGGUACUGUCGCACAAAGAAGCAAUCAGGUGUUGACAUAUUUCAAUACGAAAGUAAUAGCGCCACCAUGUACCAACAUUUAAUUUAUACUCUUCCGCAAUCAUGCGAAUGCCUAAUAAUUGUUCAACAUUACCAGUAAACUUAGGAGCUCAGAACCAGUUAUUAUGAGAGCCUUUAAGCGUGAAAGGAGGGGAACAUGAAAGAAUAGAAUAAAUAAGAACCCCUUGUUUAGUUUGCACUCAAUAAUAUCAAGAAUAUUGAGCAUAGUCAUAAGCCGCUAGCAGAUAAAGCUAAAUCGGUGUUAACUCGCAGUGUGCAGUGUUACGGUUCGACUACAUUAACCUAAUAAACAGAAUAUCCAUCUGUUUUUUGGCAGAAUUUUUAUA